CAGGAAUGUAAACGCGCCAUGCAGAACUGGCCACCUCUGGGACGAGAGCAAGGGUGUAAAGCAAACAGCAGGCUGCCUAUAUAAGAGCUGGGCAAAACCCGGGAGCCACACCUCCACUAGGAACCCAAGCUGACACCAUGCUCUCCGCACGGACCACCUGCAGCCUGCUGCUCCUCAGCCUGCUCUGGGUGGACAUGGCCAUGGCCGGCUCCAGCUUUCUGAGCCCCGAGCACCAGAAAGCACAGAGGAAGGAGGCCAAAAAGCCGCCAGCCAAGCUGCAGCCCCGAGCGCUGGGAGGCCAGGACGACGGGGCAGAGGACGAGCUGCAGAUCCGGUUCAGCGCCCCCUUUGAUGUGGGUAUCCAGCUGUCCGGGGCUCAGUACCAGCAGCAUGGCCAGGCACUGAGCAAGAUCCUGCAGGACAUCCUUCGAGAAGAGACCAAAGAGACCUCAGCUGACCAGUGAUGCCCUUGUGCCCAGCCCAUCCUGUGCCCCAUUGGGCAGCCUUCCCCUGGCUUCAAGAUGCUUGUGCAACACCCAUCUGCUGUCCCAGCUUAAAGGCAAAUAAA